AUGAGAUGGACAUUUAGAAAAUUAUGGAUAACGUAAAACUGUUGAAAUACAAGAAUCGUGUCAUGUCAUUACAGAAAUGAAACAACUAUGUGUUGGUAGUGAUUCUAGUGAAUUAACUUCGUCCAUACAGGCCACCUAAGCAUUGCGUCGUGUCGUGACUGGAGAAGCUCUGUAGCAGUGAGUUGAGGUCUGACCAGCCAGCCAGUCACCAGCCAGUCAACCAGCCAGCCGACCACCAGCCAGCCAGUCACCAUGGGGAACAUCUUUGGCAACCUGCUGAAGAGCCUGUUAGGGAAGAAGGAGAUGAGGAUCCUGAUGGUGGGGCUGGACGCUGCAGGGAAGACCACCAUCCUUUACAAACUGAAGCUGGGAGAGAUAGUCACCACCAUCCCCACUAUCGGGUUUAACGUGGAGACGGUUGAGUAUAAGAACAUCAGUUUCACGGUGUGGGACGUGGGUGGCCAGGACAAGAUCAGGCCGCUGUGGAGACACUACUUCCAGAACACACAGGGUCUGAUCUUCGUGGUGGACAGUAAUGAUCGUGAGCGGGUAAAUGAGGCUCGAGAGGAGCUGAUGCGGAUGCUGGCUGAGGAUGAGCUACGAGACGCCGUGCUUCUUAUCUUCGCUAACAAACAGGACCUGCCCAAUGCCAUGAACGCAGCAGAGAUCACCGACAAGCUGGGGCUCCACUCUCUACGUCACCGUAACUGGUACAUCCAGGCCACCUGCGCCACCAGCGGAGACGGCCUGUACGAGGGCCUCGACUGGCUGGCCAAUCAGCUGAAGAACAAGAAGUGAGUGGACCAAUCAGAGGAGAGUGAGGAGAAACCUUAGUGUCAGCUCUUGAAUCAAAAGGUGGUAGUUGGUUUUAGUUGAUCCAUUAAGUGAAAAAUCCUGACAUGGUGGGAGUGAAAUGUGAUUGGUGUGUAGGAAGGGGACUUAGAGAGAAUAUCCCUAUUGCCUGAGGAUCCAUAUCCCCAUUCCUUGAGGACAUUUUCAGCCUGUUGUCAACUAUUACAAAUGGUUAGCGCUAACCAGCUGCGGGCCAUCAAUGUCAAUACAUUAACCUUAAUAAUAACAUUUAACAAGUAUUUAGCAACACCAUGUAUGUAUUAUUUAUUUCAGAAUGGCAAUGUUAGGUUGGUUUGGAACACAGAAUUAUGCAUGGCCAUACAGUAAACGAUCUCUUGGAAAUGAAGUCUGAAAUGAAAUCUGUCUAAUGUUAUAUAUUUAGCCAGUCUUCUGACACUAUUCUCUUUUCACACUAAAAUUGCUACUGCUGGUUGGAGCAAUGCAGUAGUGGUAGAUAUUAAUGAACAGUGACAUAGGUUUGUGUAAAACAUGUCCAAUAUGCAAAAGCAUGCUUUUUUUCUAUGUCAACUGUAUAUUUACAUGUUUUGCUUAACAAGUACAAACAUACAGUAUCAAAAGUUUGGACACACCUACUCAUUCAAGGGUUUUUAUUUAUUUUUACUCUUUUCUACAUUGUAGAAUAAUAGUUUAGACAUUAAAACUAUGAAAGAACACAUGGCAUCAUGUAGUAAGCAAAAGAGUGUUAAACAUAUUUAUAUUCUUCAAAGUAGCCACUCUUUGCCUUGAUGACAGCUUUGCACUCUCUUGGCAUUCUAUCAACCAGCUUCAUGAGGUAGUCACCUGGAAUGCCUUUCAAUUAACAGGCGUACCUUGUUAAAAGUUCAUUUGUGGAAUUUAUUUAAUUCUUAAACCGUCCAAGAGGACGGUUGAGCUAAUGUAGGCUAAUGCGAUUAGCAUGAGGUUGUAAGUAACAAGAACAUUUCCCAGGACAUGGGAAAUACACAAUUUUGAACAGAAAUGCAAUGGUUUAUUGGAUCAGUCUAAAACUUUGCACAUACACUGCUGCAACCUAGUGGACAAAAUCUAAAUUGCACAUUGGCUGGAAUAAUACAUUAUGCCCUCUUGCAUUUCAAAGAUGAUGGUAUUAGGAUAUUAUUUAUACUAUGUUCUACAUUGUAGAAUAAUAGUGAAGACAUCAAAACUAUGAAAUAACACUUAUGGAAUCAUGUAGUAACCAAAAAAGUAUUUAAGAAAUCUAAAUAUAUUUUGGAUUAUAGAUUCUUCAAAGUAGCCACCCUUUGCCUUGUGACAGAUUUGCACACUCUUGGCAUUCUUUCAACCAGCUUCACCUGGAAUGCUUUUCCAACAGUCUUGAAAGAGUUCCCACAUAUGCUGAGCACUUGUUGGCUGCUUUGCCUUCACUAUGCGGUCCAACUCAUCCCAAACCAUCUCAAUUGGGUUGAGGUCGGGUGAUUGUGGAGGCCAGGUCAUCUGAUGCAGCACUCCAUCACUCUCCUUAUUGUUCAACUAGCCCUUACACAGCCUGGAGGUGUGUUUUAAGUAAUUGUCCUGUUGAAAAAUAAAUGAUAGUCCCACUAAGAGCAAACCAGAUGGGAUGGCGUAUCGCUGCAGAAUGCUGUGGUAGCCAUGCUGGUAAAGUGUGCCUUGAUUUCUAAAUAUUUUACUGACAGUGUCACCAGCAAAGCACCCCCACACCAUCACACCUCCUCCUCCAUGCUUCACAAUGGGAACCACACAUGUAGAGAUCAUCCGUUCACCUACUCUGCGUCUCACAAAGACAAUUGUGGUUUGAACCAAAAAUCUCAAAUUUGGACUCAUCAGACCAAAGAAUAUAUUUCCACCAGUCUAAUAUCCAUUGCUCAAUGUUUCUUGGCCCAAGCAAGGCUCUUCUUCUUAUUGGUGUCCUUUAGUAGUGGUUUAUUUGCAGCAAUUCAACCAUGAAGGCCUGAUUCACACAGUCUCCUCUGAACAGUUGGUGUUGAGAUGUGUCUGUUAUUUGAACUCUGUGGAGCAUUUAUUUGGGCUGCAAUCUGAGGCUGGUAACUCUAAUGAACGUAUCCUCUGCAGCAGAGAUACCUCUGGGUCUCCUUUCCUGUAACGGUCCUCAUGAGAGCCAGUUUCAUUGACAGACCUUCAUGUCUUAAAGUAAUGGUGGACUGUAGUUUCUCUUUGCUUAUUUGAACUGUUCUUGCCAUAAUAUGAACUUGGUAUUUUACCAAAUAGGGCUAUAUUCUGUAUACCACCCCACCUUGUCACAACACAACUGAUUGGCUGAAACGCAUUAAGAAUUAAAUAAAUUCCACAAAUGAACUUUUAACAAGGUACGCCUGUUAAUUGAAAUGCAUUCCAGGUGACUGCAUCAUGUAGCUGGUUGAGAGAAUGCCAAGAGUGUGCAAAACUGUCAUCAAGGCAAAGGCUGGCUACUUUGAAGAAUCUCAAAUAUAAAAUAUAUUUUGAUCUGUUUAACACUUUUUUGGUUACUACAUGUAACCAUAGUUUUUUAAUGUCUUCACUCAUGUUCUACAAUGUAGAAAAUAGUAAAAAUAAAGAAAAACCGUUGAAUGAGUUGGUGUGUCCAAACCUUUGACUGGUACUGUACACCUGUAAGAAUAUAUGUGACAUUUACCUGCAAGUAAUCAUUGUGGUUGAUAUGUUCAAUUGUAGAUAUCAGCGUUCGUUUAUGGACUGAUUUGUAUAGAUGUAUGAAUUUAACAUUACAGCUUGUGUAUCACAUUUCCUACAUUGAGUUUGGUUUGGUGCGACAGUUGUUUUUGUGGCCUUAUACAGUAUCACUAGUAUUGAAACCCCUUACACCCUGAUGAUGGUUCGUGUGUGGGACCACAGUUGUUGCUAAAUAUAUCACUUCAUUUCCAUCCUUUAACUCAGUUGUGUCUGUGCGAGAUUUUUUGUACAUUUUUAUGUUAUAUUACUGUAACAAUGCAAUUACUUAACAUUCCAAUUAAUAAUGUGUGUUAAAAAGCAUUGAAACAAGGUUCAGUUAUUAAUGUUAAUGCUCAAAAAUGGAUUGACGAUUGGAUCCUAGUCAUGAGUACAUAUGUAUUGGUGAGUAUGUGUCCGGUGAUACUAGUUUACCUGUUAACUGCUCUGGUAGAUCAAUACAAGUGGCAACAUUCAA